AUGAAGAAAGCUCUCCUCCGUAUCCCGUAUACAGAAAAGUUUUCACCGCCGACAGUUCUUCCUGCCUCAGCGGGCACACUGUCCGGUGCCGUCAGCGCACUUCACGAGUUCCUCACCUCGCCGAUCCCCGUCAGGAAAGGCCUGUCCGACUCUACGCUCGUCCUCUCUGGCGCCGGGCUAUCAGUCGCGUCGGGCCUGGCUGACUACAGAGGCGAUAACGGCACGUACCGUCUCAAUAAGACCUACAGACCCAUCUACUAUCACGAAUUUCUCUCCUCUCACGAGGCCAGGAAGCGUUACUGGGCACGGUCAUUCCUGGGAUGGACCACGCUCCACAAGGCGCGGCCCAAUGCGGGUCACUAUGCGGUGCGGGACCUGGCACGAUACGGCAAGGUGAAGAGGGUCAUCACGCAAAACGUCGACUCGUUUCACCCAAUAGCACACCCUGAAAUUCCUACGCUUGAGCUACAUGGCUAUCUGCGGAACCUGGUGUGUACCUCCUGCCGUCGCGAGUUUCCACGCGAUCUCUUCCAGGAGGAGCUCGCACGGCUCAAUCCUGCCUGGGCUUCAUUCCUGCAAGAGGUGAUCGCAUCGGGUGCGCUGGACACCGAGAACCCUGAGGAGAGGACGGCAAAGGGGAUCAGGACGAAUCCCGAUGGUGAUGUCGAUCUGCCAGAUGCCCCAUACACAACGUUCAGAUAUCCGGCCUGUCAGAGCUGUCUGACAGCCCCCCCGCCAGCGCCAGAUGGGUCGCAGCAGAAGGUCGAGGUUGACCUGGAUGGAGCGUGGAAGUCGACGAGUACCGGCGGCAUCCUGAAACCUGCUGUCAUCAUGUUUGGUGAGAGCAUCCCUGCCCAGGUCAAGGUGGCGGCGGAACAAGCGGUCGAUGAAGCCGGCAGGAUGCUCAUUCUGGCAACCUCCCUCGCGACAUACUCGGCAUGGAGGCUGGUCAAACGAGCCAAGGAUCGAGGGGUGUCCAUAGCCAUCGUGAACAUGGGCGGUGUGAGAGGGGAGGAGGCCUUCGUGGCCGACCUACAUGCCGGGCAGGGCGGGGCCGAGGGAGUGAGGAUAGAUAUGUCCACAGAGCACCUGCUCCCAGAGCUGGUCAAUUCGUUGCGGCGAUCAUCUCCUGAGCCUCACAUCGCAGACGAGGCGGCACGUCUUGAAGAUCAGGGAAGUGGUGUGUUCAAAGACUUUCUGUCAUGA